AUGAAAUUCAUCUUACUACUAGCUCUGACAUUUGCCAUUAUUUCAACAGAACAAAUUCCAGAAGUUGAUGGAAUUUUACAAUUAAGUCGUAGAAACUUCUAAUAGGCUUUGGAUGAGCAUCCUAGAUUAUUGGUCAAAUUUUACAUUGAUACUUGUGGAUAUUGGUAUUGAAUAUCAAUUGAACUUAAGUUAAAAAAUGAAGCCUGUGUUCAUUCAAUUGGCUUAAAGAUUAAAGGAAUAUGGUUUCGUAUUAGGAGAAGUCAAUGCUCACGAAAGUAAAUCAUUGGCAGCUAAACAUGAUGCUAAAGCUUAUCCAACAUUGAAACUGUUUAGAGAUGGAGUCUCACAUGAUUUUCCAAAUUCUUCUGAUUCUCUAGAAGUUUUAUUUGAAUUUGCUCUUUAGCAUGCUUAUGGACCAAUUACAAAAUUAUAUACUUAAGAAGAGGUAUCUUUAGAUAUUAAAUAUUUGUUUAGAUUGAUUUGUUUUUGAAAAGAUCAAAUAUUGCAGUUCUUAAAUAUGUAAAUGAUUAAGAUGAUUUAUCAAAUUUGAGUUUGGAUCAUAUUUAAGUUAAAUUUGGAAUAGUAGAGAAUAAUGAAUUACGAUAGAGUUAUCCUCAUAAAUACACAUUGAUAAAUAAGGAUAUUGAGAAGCCAAUUCAUUAUAAUGGUGAUAUUACUGGGUUAUCAGAAUUCAUUUCAACUAAAGGUUAUCCCCUUGUAUUCUCAUUGAAUGAGGAGGAAUUCAUGAAGGCAGAAAAUGAUAAGAUUCCUUUGGUUGGAAUUGCAGGAUAGAAAAAUGGAGUUCUUCACAAACGAUUUAAAUACCUUGCUGAAUCAUAUGUUAAUUCAACUAGAUUUGUGAUAAUAGACCCAUCACUAGAGUUAUGUAACAGAAGAUUUGAAUAUUUGAUUUAAUAAAGUCCAGUUGCUGAGAAUACUAUCUAUUACUAUGAUUACGAGUAAAUCUAUAAUGUUAUCAUGUAGAACAAAGAAGACUACAACAAAAACCUUUAGCGAUAAUUCAGUUGGAACAUUAAAGAAGAUAGUUGAAUAAUUAAUAGAGGAAGUAACAGCACCAAAAAGAGAAGCAGAGAGACUAGCUAAAUUAAUAAAGGGGGAUGGCUAAGUACAUAAAUUGACAACAGAGAACUUCAAAGAAUAAGUAUUUGAGAAUCAUAGACAUGUGUUUGUUAAAUUCUAUGCCCCAUGGUGUGGUCAUUGUUAAUCAUUAGCACCCACCUUUGAGAAAUUGGCUUAAGAAUUAAACAGGGAUGAUAUUGCAAUCGCUGAAGUAGAUCAUACAGCAAAUGCAUUGGAUGAUAUUCCUAUUGAAGGAUAUCCUACUUUAUAUCUAUUCAAAUAAGAAGGUGACACUAAGACAAGAAAAGAGUAUGAGGGAGAUAGGUCUCUCCAAGGUAUGAAGGCUUUUUUAGAAAGAAAUCUGGGUAAAGUUGAGAGUACAGAAAAGAAGUAGACUGAAUUCAGUGAAAUAAAGAAUGAAGGUACAGUUAUUUCGUUAACAAAUGAAAAUUUUGAUCAUGUAGUUUUGAAUAGCAAAUAAGAUGUAUUAGUAAAGUUCUUUGCUCCUUGGUGUGGACAUUGUAAGGCAAUGGCAGAAUCUUACAAAGAACUUGCUUAAAAUCUGAAGGAUAAUUAGAAUGUACUUAUUGCUGAGAUGGAUUGGACUGCUCACUAAACUAGUGCUGUUGAAAUCAAGGGAUUCCCUACUUUGAUAUUCUUUAAGAAAGGACAGGAUAAACCAGAACAAAUAAAGUAUUAAUCGGCGAGAACUGCUGAAGCCUUAGCUAAGUUCAUAGAAGAGAACAGCAGUUUUGUAAAGAAGGAAGAUUUGUGA